AUGGCCACCGCGGACCCUCGCUUUUCCAAGCUCCUGACGGACAGGCGCUUCUCGACCAAGAAGCCUUCCCCGCAGAAGCUUGAGCUCGAUCCUCGGUUCUGGUCCAUGAUGACAGACAAAAAAUUUAGCCUCGUCGUUCGGAAAUCGGGGGCGGGUGAUUCCGGCGAAAGGCCGGGGGAGCCGGAGGGACGCGAGGCGACCCACGAAGACGGCGAGGGAGAGCGAAGGGGGCCGAAAAAGGAAGACCAAUGUUGGAGCAGUCGUUCAGACGUUGGAAGCGGCCGUAGUGGAGGAACGAGUGAACCCGAGGAGCGGAGUCGCCGCGCGGCGGACUGUGGCCAGCGGCGCUUAGACGCCGGGCACGAAGGCGACGAACCGGUUUUUCGCGCCGGCGCUUCGCCCGCUAUCGACCGUCGCCGCUCGCGAACGCGCUCUUGGCGGCUGUCAAUGCUCGCGAAUUUGGGCCGAGUGCUGUCGUCGCCACCCGACCGCGAGAGCGCGCGCGCCGACGACGAACGUUCGCACGAACAGGAAGAAGGCGAGUUCGACGCGACGGCUUUUUGGGCCGACUUUUACAGCCGCCACCCGCCAGAGAACGGGCGCGUCAGCCGCGGCGAGCGCAGCGAGAGCGAUUCGGACCUCAGCGAGGAGGACGAAGAGGCGCAGGAUGUGGGCGUCUUCGGCCAGAUUUACGAACGCCUAGAAACUCAUCUGUCUCAAGUCGGCGGAGAGACGCGUCGGUUGGCGGUAGUAAAAUGCGAUUGGAACCGCCUGAACGCAGCAGAUUUGUUCACGUUGUUCAACUCGUUCGUGUCGAGUCAGGGCGUGAUCAAGUCGGUCGUCAUCUACGUGUCUGAUUUCGGGGAAAGGAGGCUGAGGAGAGAACAAGAGGCCGGCCCCAUGGUGGAGCCCGAUCAAGAAGAGCUGGAAUGGUUCAGGAGUCGCUUGGUCGACAGUCGACCCGCAGAAGGAGUCGACGUGUCCGGCUCGGCAAACGGGUGCCACCUCUCGGCCAAGGCGACCGAAGGAGAGAACCGAGACUCACCGACGCUCGACUCGCCCCUUCUCCAAAAACUGUGCAAUUCUACCGCGACGGCGUCGUCCUCCUCUGCCGAACCCGACGUCCACCUGCGCUUCUAUGAACUCUGUCGAAUGUUCUACUACUUCGCCAUCGUCGAGUGCGACAGCGUGUCCACCGCCACCGCGUUGUACGAACAAUUAGACCACGACGACAUCGAAAUGACAGGUUGUCAGCUCAACCUGAGCUUCGUUCCCGACGACAUCUCCUUCGACGGGCGCUCCAUCAAGGACAGCGCCUACUCCGCGUCCGACAACUACGUCGGGCCUAACUUCGAAAACUCCGCUCUGCGCCUCACCAAUGUCAAACUUACUUGGGACGAAACGCCCCGGGAACGCGUAGCCAUCACCAAACACCAGGAAGCCUGGAGAGAAAUGGGCGAAAACGACUACGACAAGUACUUGGCACCUCCUUCCUCUUCGGAAGAAAGCGCGGAAGAAUCCCUCCCCCCUCUUCAACCACCCAACCUCCACGACCAACCCGCACCCCCCCUUAAAACACCCAAAAAAAAGGCCAAAUACGCCCGGCUCUUGGAAUUGGUCAACUCCUCCUCUGUUGCUCCCGACCCCCCCAACAAAAAUCUGGAAAUCACGUUCGACGAUGCCCCUGAACUGCAACCCAACGAAUCCGUCCAGCGCCUGCUCAACUCCUCCGCCAACUACGACCCCAAGCACGCCUUCUACGACUACAUGGACGCCCAACGCUCACUCAAAAAACAACAACGGGACGCGCUUCGCCAACACCCUUCCUCCACCUCUCCUCAAGCCCCCACCGAUUCCGCUUGCACCUCGUUCUUCAAACUUUACGAGGCGCUGCCAACCAAAUCGCGCCACCUUCACGCCGACUCACCACGAAACCCAGGCCAAAAGAAACGAAGCCGAUCCGAACGCGCCGACGACGACUCGCCCUCAUCCGACGACCCGCUGUCCUCGGACUCCUCCGGCGAAGACUCGCAGGUCGAUCCCACCCCACGUUCGAAGGCAAAGCAACCGAAAAAACGCUCAACAAAAGCCAAAAAACGAUCCAAACCCACCGACUCUAAACCCCAACACAGCGCGCUCAACCUAGACGACGAACGCUUCAAACCUCUGCUCACCGAUCCACGCUUCUUGCCAGACCCCACCCACCCGCUGUUCCAAAACAACGACGCGACGAAACAAAUCAUUCGAGCAAGGCUCGCAUAUGUCAAAACUCACGACCAAAACAACGAUUGA